AUGGAUUUCCGCAGGCUUGCAGUUGUCCCUUUACUUUUCUCACGUAAAUGCCCACUUUUCGCACAACUUCCAAUAAAUUAUUUCUUUCUCUUGAACCACCCCAUUCCCUUCUUCUUCUUCUUCUUCUUCUUCUUCUUCUUCUUCUUCUUCUUCUUCUUCUUCUUCUAUUCACUUUUUUAUAACUUAGCUUAUUGCUCUUCCACUUCUUCUUUUCUACCAUUGUAUAAUCAUUAUUCUUUCAUUAUAUUUCCAUCUCCACUAAUAUUUGUUUUCAAUCUUCUGAAUGGAUUUGUUUGUUCUUCUUUCUUUCUUUCUUUCUUUCUUUCUUUCUUUCUUUCUUCCUUCCUUCCUUCCUUCCUUCCUUACUUCUUUAUUUCUUUUGCCUUUAAUUCUUGUCGCUAUGAAUCUUCCCCUCUCUUUUUUCUUUACUUGCGUAUAUCCUUAUUUUUUCCUCUCAUUUGCUCUCUUUAUUCAACUAUUUCUUAUUUCUUUCUAAUUUUUCCUUAUUUUUUUUCUCUUUUCUGCCUACAUUAUUUCCUUUCUUUCUAUUCAUUCUCCCCUUUUUUCUGUCUCUCCUUCCACGUUCUUAACUUUACGUUUAUUUCUUUUCUUUUUAAUUUCCUACUUCCAUCUUCAUUUUUUUUCCCUCUUCCUUGGAUUACUCUCUCAUCAUUUCAUCCCCUCCAUUAUAUUUCCGUCUUGUUAAUUUUUUUUUUCUUCUGUAAUAUCUUCAUCUUCCUCAUGAUAUUUGUUUCACCAGCUAACGUCCUCAUUAUUUUCUCGUCUUCUUAUCUUUACUUCUCUCCUUCUUUCCUUCCUUCUCUCUUUCUGCCCUUUAGGCUUAUUACAAUGGAUGCCAUUGUGCCAAGAUCUUAUAUACCAUAG